AGAGAAGCAGGAGGCAGGAGGCAGCGGGGAGGGAGCAAUGGGACCGGGAAGCCGCAGGUUCCCUCGCAAAUCCCCCUCCGUCCCCACGUCGUCUCGCCGGCCGCGGCAGGGGAGCGAGGAGCCGGGCGAGCAGAUGGAGGAGUGGAGCUCGCUCUAGGCAUCGGGCUUGGCCGGAGAAUGGAGGAGCCGCCAAGCGAUCGGCUGAUUGGAAGAGAAACGCAGAGCGAUGGAGGCGGGGGUAGGAGGACGAUUUCUCUGCGGGGACUGGCGGCGGCGUAUACGCCCGGGUCGGGCGCUGCAGAGCUUGGCUAGCUUUCAACCCGCGCUUGCCGGCUCCAGCCCCGCGCGCCCCCACCCCCAGCCCUCCCGGCGGCUCCGCAGGGUGAGGUGGCUUUGACCCCGGCUUGCCUGGCCAGCACGACCGAGGAGGUGGCUGGACGGCUGGAGAAUGAACGGAGAAGCCGACUGCCCCACAGACCUGGAAAUGGCCGCCCCCAAAGGCCAAGACCGCUGGUCCCAGGAAGACAUGCUGACUUUGCUGGAAUGCAUGAAGAACAACCUUCCAUCCAAUGACAGCUCCAAGUUCAAAACCACCGAGUCACAUAUGGACUGGGAAAAAGUAGCAUUUAAAGACUUUUCUGGAGACAUGUGCAAGCUCAAAUGGGUGGAGAUUUCUAACGAGGUGAGGAAGUUCCGUACGUUGACAGAAUUGAUCCUCGAUGCUCAGGAACAUGUUAAAAACCCUUACAAAGGCAAAAAACUCAAGAAACACCCGGACUUCCCAAAGAAGCCCCUGACCCCUUAUUUCCGCUUUUUCAUGGAGAAGCGGGCCAAGUACGCAAAACUCCACCCCGAGAUGAGCAACCUGGACCUGACCAAGAUUCUGUCCAAAAAAUACAAAGAGCUGCCGGAGAAGAAGAAGAUGAAAUAUAUUCAGGACUUCCAGAGGGAGAAACAGGAGUUUGAGCGAAACCUCGCCCGAUUCAGGGAGGAUCACCCAGACCUAAUCCAGAAUGCCAAGAAGUCGGACAUCCCUGAGAAGCCCAAAACCCCCCAGCAGCUGUGGUACACCCACGAGAAGAAGGUGUACCUCAAAGUGCGGCCAGACGCCACUACGAAGGAGGUGAAGGACUCCCUGGGGAAGCAGUGGUCUCAGCUCUCGGACAAAAAGAGGCUGAAAUGGAUUCAUAAGGCCCUGGAGCAGCGGAAGGAGUACGAGGAGAUUAUGCGUGACUAUAUCCAGAAGCACCCCGAGCUCAACAUCAGUGAGGAGGGCAUCACCAAGUCCACCCUCACCAAGGCCGAACGCCAGCUCAAGGACAAGUUUGACGGGCGACCCACCAAGCCACCUCCGAACAGCUACUCGCUGUACUGCGCAGAGCUGAUGGCCAACAUGAAGGACGUGCCCAGCACAGAGCGCAUGGUGCUGUGCAGCCAGCAGUGGAAGCUGCUCUCCCAGAAGGAGAAGGACGCCUACCACAAGAAGUGCGACCAGAAAAAGAAAGAUUAUGAGGUGGAACUGCUCCGUUUUCUAGAGAGCCUGCCUGAGGAGGAGCAGCAGCGGGUCCUGGGGGAGGAGAAGAUGUUGAACAUCAACAAGAAGCAAGCCACCAGCCCAGCCUCCAAGAAGCCCUCCCAGGAAGGGGGCAAGGGUGGCUCGGAGAAGCCCAAGAGGCCCGUGUCAGCCAUGUUCAUCUUCUCGGAAGAAAAGCGGCGGCAGCUGCAGGAAGAGCGGCCUGAGCUUUCAGAGAGCGAGCUGACCCGCCUGCUGGCCCGCAUGUGGAACGACCUGUCAGAGAAGAAAAAGGCCAAGUACAAGGCCCGGGAGGCCGCACUGAAGGCCCAGUCAGAGAGGAAGCCGGGCAAGCUGCCAGAGUCGCCCAAAAGAGCCGAGGAGAUCUGGCAACAGAGUGUCAUCGGCGACUACCUGGCCCGCUUCAAGAACGACCGGGAGAAGGCCUUGAAAGCCAUGGAGAUGACUUGGAACAACAUGGAAAAGAAGGAGAAACUAAUGUGGAUCAAGAAGGCGGCCGAAGACCAAAAGCGAUACGAGAGAGAGCUGAGUGAGAGGCGGGCACCCCCGGCUGCUGCAAACUCAUCCAAGAAGAUGAAGUUCCAGGGAGAACCCAAGAAGCCUCCCAUGAACGGUUACCAGAAGUUCUCCCAGGAGCUUCUGUCCAAUGGGCAGCUGAACCACCUGCCACUGAAGGAGCGCAUGGUGGAGAUUGGCAGCCGCUGGCAGCGCAUCUCCCAGAGCCAGAAGGAGCACUACAAAAAGCAGGCCGAGGAGCAGCAGAAGCAGUACAAAGUGCACCUGGACCUCUGGGUCAAGAGUCUGUCUCCCCAGGACCGUGCAGCAUAUAAAGAGUACAUCUCGAAUAAACGUAAGAGCAUGACCAAGCUGCGAGGCCCGAACCCCAAGUCCAGCCGGACGACCCUGCAGUCUAAGUCGGAGUCUGAGGAUGACGAUGAAGAGGAUGAAGAGGAGGAGGAGGAGGAGGAGGAGGAGGAAGAUGAUGAGAACGGGGACUCCUCUGAGGACGGGGGGGACUCCUCCGAAUCCAGCAGCGAGGAUGAGAGCGAGGAUGGGGAUGAGAACGAGGAGGAUGACGACGACGAGGACGACGACGAGGACGACGACGAGGAUGAGGACAACGAGUCCGAGGGCAGCAGCUCCAGCUCCUCCUCCUCGGGGGACUCCUCGGACUCUGACUCCAACUGAGGCUCAGCCCCACCCGGGGCUCCCCUCCCCGACUGACCACCUUUGUUUCUCCCCCAUGUUCUGUCCCCUGCCCCUUGGCCUCCCCCACUUUCUUUCUUUCCUUUUUUUUUUUUUUUUAAAAAAAAAAAAACAAAAUACGGUGGGGGGAGGCACUGGAGGCGCCCAGGCCAGAACUCUUCGGCCUCAGAGACAUCAGCCCUGUGGGGCCCUCCAGGGAGCACAACCAUCAGACUGAGCCACCACUGGACCGGCCCAGCCCACCCCCCUCUGCACUUGCGGUUCCGGCAUGGACAAUGGACCUGGGAGUGGGAUGGGGGGGUGGGUCCCAAAGAGUUCAGUGAGGCCCCCUACACCUGCAGCCCAACCCAAGGGAGGGUGGAAGCUUGGGAAAGACCCCUUUCUUUCCAGAGGGGCUUGCAGCCUGGACCCCUACGUUGGAACUGGAGGCAGGGAACAUGGGAGAGGAGGGGCGGGCGCCUAUGGGAAAAUAGGCAUUGCCCCAUGGCCCUCUCCUGCCCCCUGCGGGAAGGAGCUGCCUGGACCCACUCACGGCGGGGAGGGGGCAGAAGUGUUUUUUAUAUAUGUGUAUAUAUUUUUUUUUUUUAAGCUCUGAGCUGUCAACGAGACGUUUCCUACCGA